UGAAAUAGAAAUUGUAGAACGAUAGCUACAGCAGCGACCCUAUUACCGCGGAGAGCGCAGUCUAUCGCAUCGUAGCCGCGCGCGCGCACGCAAGCAAAUAAUGUAAUAUGGGCGCCAAGGCGUAUUUAUUGUUUGUUAUCAUCGUCUGUGUGGACUGCUCUAGAAUUAAGAAAGAAGGUUUUAGGAAGAACUUCAGGGUUAGAGGAGAGACAUUAGAGCAGCUGUUCGCUGUAUAUGACCCGACGUUUCUGGCGGUGGUGUGGCCGAAGAUAUCCAAUGGACUGCACUUGGACGUGAGCCAGUUCUGCUGGGACGAUGUGUCGGUGUUCUUCAAGGACCUGGCUGAGGGACGAGCGUGGGCGUUUAAUGUGGCUGACGCAUCUGGGCGUUACCAGGGCGGCGCGACCGGCGGCGCCACCUACUGGCUAGGAUCUAGGCAGCGAUGUUCAGCGCUGGACAACAAUUUCCUAACAAGAGACCACUCGGACAACUCGACGUCAGAUGACCUCUUCGAAGGCGAGUACCUCAUGGCACUUCUUCAGAGAGAGAAGAUAUAUAGCACUGGUGGACACGAAUGGCACAAUUUGGUCCAGAGCGACGACAUGAUUCAGCGGCUGGUGACCAUAGACAACCGGCCGCCGUAUCGCCUGGCCUACAGCAUCGUCACCCUGCGCCUCAAUGUCACCAAGAUCACCAUGACCAAGUCAUAUGGGGUAACACUAGGCCUAUGCCUGCCCCGCUCGUGCUCGCCCGACGACAUCGAGGCAAUCGUCGCCUUCUCAAUAGUCAUCAACGACAACCUAAAGUCCAACAGAACCGUGCCCCGGGUCGCCAAGAUCACCUCCCUAAGGACUGUAGAAGAUUACCACCACAUUGAAGAAGACGCUGGAGCGAUCGUCCUCAUUUGUAUCACAGCGUUCCUUUUAAUACUUUCGAUUGUAGCCACAAUAGUAGAAUUAAACCUCAUCAGAUGCAGAAUGCUCAAACCUCGCAGUUCCAGGUCUGUGAGCUUCAAUUUGCAGAAGUACAACAACGCUGACCCAAGUAAAAGGUACCUUGAUACUAUUAAGAAGAAGCCUAUUGACAGUUUGUGGAAAGAGCAUCCACUGGGGAAGCUGAAUAAAAUUGACGAUGACGUUAAUAUGAAGCCAGGAGUUCCUCCUACGAUUACGCUAGACGUAAUGUCUAUGGAGAGAGCUAUGGGCAGCUGCAACCGUUGCGGGAAGUACAAACGGCAGUGUAACGGCUUGCCCACUCAUUCGGAGAAUUUAUCCGCGUGUCCCAGGGUCAAAUACAGUUCUGUGGUCAGUCUGAGCACGGCUGAGAGGCGAAGCAGCUUUACUAAGAGGCUGCUGAUGUGCUUUUCACUGAGAUACAGCUGGAGACGGAUUUUCAACACCAAUAUGGCGAAUAAGGACUUGUCGGUGAUGCACUUGACGAGGGUGGUCGCGACGCUAUGGGUAAUCUACGUGCAUGUUGCGAUGAUGGUGAAUUAUGUUGCAGACGAUGCUGGUGAGGUGAAUGAUCGAAAUGAAAUGUAUUACGUAUUAGCGACGGGAACGUUAGCAUUUGACACAUUAAUGUUUGUUAGUGGUUUGUUCAGUGCGCACCACUUUUUCUACCUGAAGAGCCACUACAGCGUGGAGGAGCUGGUGAGCUUCGGCGGCGGCUGCGGGCACAUCCUGCAGUUUGUCUGCUUCGUCACCAACAGGAUUAUACGGUGCGUUUACAACUAA